AUGCCGACCCCAAAGCCAAAUACACAGGCUGCCCCUUAUAGCUAUACAGCUAUAGGCAGAAUCAGGAAGAAGCCUUUGAAAUCCUCAGUCCCACUUCCAGUUCAAAAUCAAAACCCUUAUGAGAAAUGGAGGGAUAACUGUACAAAGUUCAAGGAAUGCCCAGCAUGUUUUAAAGACUUCAGUCACCGGCCUGAUUCUCAUAUAGCUGUUUGGCAACCUCUCCUCCAUUUUGCUACCAAAGAUCCAAAACAUCAAGAAGUUCAUGAUGCACUUAAGAAAAUAAGGGAUCAGAAGGCCUCGGUGGAGAAAAAAAAGCAUCAAGAGAGAAUUAGUUCUGCGGGAUGGAGAUCUAGGAAUACAGAGAAAGCUAAGCGAGCUUCAGCUAAAUUUGCAAUAAAGCUGAAAAUUGAGAGAAGUUUGAAGCGUUUGGGAGAGUUUUCGGAGGAAAAGUUAAACAAAUUGCUUGAGGAGAAAAUAGUAGAAUGGGAUUCAAAUAACUAA